CGAUUUUCUGCUAGCGCUGUGCACUUUUUAUAUGUGAAAGCCCUUCUUCUCUCAUCGUUUUCCGAAAUUUCUUAGCGUUUUGCAGAACUUCUCUCUGUGCUGUAUAAAUCAUGCUUUUCCGAUUUUCUGUUGUUACAUUUACUGCCAUUCUUACAAGACAUAUCUGCAUGUCUGACGAAUAUAUUCAGCCGGGUACUCCAGAGCUCGACGUCACCUUCGAUGGCGGCAAAAAGGUUUCUCUGGGAAAUGAACUAUCUCCAUCUGCUACAUCUUCUAAGCCAACGUUAAAUUGGAAUGCAUCUCCGGAAUCUUUGUACACUGUCAUUAUGGUCGAUCCUGAUGCUCCAUCUCGCAAAAGACCGUCGCUUCGCGAUUAUCUACAUUGGGUGGUGAUAGAUGUCCCCGGAAGUCAUGUAAAACAGGGCAAAGAACUUGUCUCAUACAUGGGACCGGCCCCACCUUCUGGAACAGGUUUACAUCGAUACUACUUCCUCGUCUAUAAACAGACAAGAUCGGUAUCGCUUGAAAAAUCAGCUAGAGCAAACUUUGACACCCACAAAUUUGUCAAAGACAACGGUUUGGGCAAUCCAGUAGCAGGAAACUAUUUCCAGGCCAAGAAUUAAACCGAAAAGCCACUUCUACGCUUCUAUCGCUAUGGACACGGUACUCCAAAUGCCAAUAUUUUUUAUUGUAUUUUAUCAGUAAAAAUGAAAGGUCGAACGAUAAUGUGAAAGACUCAUACGAAUCCACAACCAAAAUCAAAAAUGUUCUC